AAAGUAACCAGCAUGCACCGCGCACCGGUCGAUUUUCGGAGCGCUGCGUCCUCCGCUUAGUUUAUUUACUUCUCGAUCGUGAACCUUCGGAAAUAUUUUCACAAGAAGGCUCUUUGCUGUUGUCUCCCUACUUCUGCUGAAGGUUCUGGACCCCUGGGGAACUUGUACCUGAGGCCAUCCGGUUUUGUGACUGAUGCUAUCAAGGGGCCCACCAGCACCUUUUGUGGAUUAAAAUGCUUCUGUUUUUGUUUUGGUUACACGCGUAACCCUUUUUAAUUUCAUUUGUUGGCCAUUUGUGAGAAUGUCCUACCGGCAAUAUCCGUUGCCCCCUGGCAGUCAAGGCUCCCAGGGCCAGUAUGGGCUUUCUAGACCAGAUUCAGAGAGGGACUCUUGGAGGGCACAUCCACCCUUUGGUACUCAGCCCACAUUUAACCCCUCUGUGGCGUCUUCCGCAAGACAUUCCAGCUCUGAUGUGACGAUUCAGCCAAGGCAAAGUCUAACAGAUAUAUACAAAACCCAACAAAGUGGUUCUCUGAUGGUGGAGAGGACGAACGAGUAUUUAGACGAGUACGUAAAAAGAGCCAGAAACGAGGGGAGACAUCAGCCCGAUGAAAGAAAUGCUUACUCAAGCAGCACUGAAUUAGACAAGUUUUGGUCCACAAGCACAGGGGUCAACAAUCCAACAUCAACAACCUUUCAGGCACAUCAAUUUGAUGUUCAACUUGGUGCCAACUCUAGAUUUGACCCACUGUCAGGUUUAUCUGAAUUUGAAAGAAGCGAUGAUCGUGUGCCAACCACUUUUGAAAGACGUGAUGAUGAACGAUACAUUCCAGGUUCGGUACCAGACAAAUCUGGACCUCCUGAAGCUCCCCAUGGUUCCAAAAACUUACCAGAGUUGGCAGCCAACAUCCUUGUACGCUUUGGACUUGACAGAGAAGAUCUGCAGUACUUACUGACCUACCCAGAGGAUCAGAUUACCUUCGACAAUCUGCCUGAAAUCUUGAGGCAGAUUCGCAGUCGGAAAGAAAAAGAAUCUACACCUCCAAGACCAUCUGUCCCUGAGCUGCACACCACCACGCCCCCCUUUAGUGGAAUGAAUAGAACAAUUGGUUCUGGAGGAGUAGAGCCAUCCAAGGACAAAGUUCCAUCAGACCCAAACCUAGUUAUUGACUAUGGACAUACUGGGAAGUAUAGUCAAGUUGGAAAUGAAAGACUUAAAGGGUUUGGCACUGAUUCAGGCAGGGAACAAUAUCAUACUAGUAACAAAACAAAAGUUGAGGGAAAGAGCUCCAACCAGGCUCCAAAGAAAGCCUUCACCCCUUUUACUAUCGCAAAGAAAGAUUCUGAAAAAGUACCUCUAAAAGCAGGAACUUCUAAGGGCUUUCGCUUACAAGAAAGUUCAGAUUCUGAAUCAUCUUCAAAAUCUGAAUCGCCAGAUUCUGAAAAGCGAAGAAAAUCUUAUGGCCACAGGCACGCUGAUAGAAAACAUGACCGUGGCUUUAAGGACCAGAGUAAAAGUCAAAGACAUGGACAUCGUCGAGACGUCUCAGACAAAAGAAAGAAGGACAAAGUUCCGAGACAAGAGAAGCAAAAGAGUCCUGAACAGCAGCACAAACUUUUGAGCCAGCUGGACCAGGUGCUGCAACAACUUCAAAGGAGCCAGGUGCCCCCUGCCCAGCAAACUUUCCCCGGGUUACAAACAAGCCAUGUUUUGCUGCCUCCACCUUUUCCCAACACAAAACCAGGCUCUGCGUUUCCUCCUGGUCUGCCUCAGCCAGACUCUCGUUUUACCAACUACAGUCAAAUGAUGACCCGACCUCCACCGUGGCAUUAUACAACCACGAGGAUGGACUUUGACGGGCAGCCAACCCCCGCCAUGAUCAAUGACUAUGUUUCAACCACGCCGAAGAUGUUUCCACACAUCUGCACUCUGUGUAAUGUAAUUAAUCCCAUCAUGAGGGAUUGGCUUUCCCACCAGAAUACAAGCCAGCAUCUCGAAAACUGCAAACUCUUCCGAAUACACUUUCCUUACUGGAAUGGUCAGAUACCGCCUUUUCAAAGUGAUGCCGGUCCUGCUUCUGCACAAGCCACAUAUGGGCUCCCUAAUCCGAACCUGGCACCACAGCCACAUUACCAGAACCGAUGGGUUGGGGGCCGAUCCCACUCGCACAUCUCUGACCCCCGGUCCAGAUCUCGCUCAUCCACACCUCCGUGGUACCAGAGCAGCAGGUCCCGAUCGCGCUCUCGAAGCCCCCGUCGGCAUAGAAGCACCAAAUAUAAAGACAGGCGCAGGUCACGAUCUCGGUCUUUGUCUUCACGUCAUGAGCGCCCCUACACUACUUCAUAUCGCUCGCGCUCAAGAAGCAGGGAGAGACGAUCCUCGUCCAGGAAGUCCGACAAGAAACAUUCAUCUCAGAGGAGGAGUCGGGAAGCCCAGAUCGCCACCAAGAGGCUGACCAAGGAGCUAAUGGAGACUUCAGAGGCCAGGGGUUUGUCAUCUCCUGGCGUGGAGGACAUGGUGAAAACUUUGGCCCCCGUGUUAAUAGCCGAGCUGUCCAAGAUGAAGCCAGUACCCUCCUCUUCAUCCCCCACACGGCCACACGGUGCGGAGGACCGUGAGGAAGAGGCUCCGUCUGAAACCUCAGUGAAACUUCGAGGUGUUUUUCCUAGCGUGGCUCACAAAGAUCUGCUGGACGCCAUCGAGACGGUUGGAAAAACCAAGUCCCUGGUCGUAUACAGGUCACAAUGUCAAGCCAAAGUGAUUUUUGAAAACGAAGACGACGCGGAGAAGCUGAUGAGCCUGAAGAGUCUUCUUGUGAAAGAAGUCCCGGUUUUUGUUGAUCAAAUUACUUACUCUAAGACGUCCUCAAGGAAGCAGAAAAGUCCCGAUAAGCAACCAGGCGGAGCGUCUGCUGCCACAGUGGAUGAGGAAGAGCCGAGGAAGACUUUGGAAGAGGCUCAAGAAGAGCCGAGAUCUUCCUCGUCAGAAUCGAGUGAGGAUGAAGAGGCACCAGCAGAGGAAGUCCGGCUCCAGCAGACGCAGGAGUCUCCUGAAACCUCUUUCAUAUACAAGCAGAAGUUCUCCAAGGAGACCAAAGAGGCUCCGUCUGAAACCUCAGUGACUCUUAGAGCGAUUUAUACUGAAGUUCCUUACCAAGAUCUACUGGACGCCGUCGAGACAGUUGGAAAAACCAAGUCCCUGGUCAUCUACAGGUCAAAAUGUCAAGCCAAAGUGAUUUUUGAAAACGAAGAAGAUGCGGAGAAGCUGAACAGCCUGGAGACACUUCCUGUGAAAGGAGGCGCGAUUAGAGUUUAUAGUAGAAUUACUUACUCUAAGACGUCCUCAAGGAAGCAGAAAAGUCCCGAUAAGCAACCAGGCGGAGCGUCUGCUGCCACGGUGGAUGAGGAAGAACCGAGGAAGACUUUGGAAGAGGCUCAAGAAGAGCCGAGAUCUUCCUCGUCUGAAUCGAGUGAGGAUGAAGAGGCACCAGCAGAGGAAGUCCAGCAGACGCAGGAGUCUCCUGAAAAUUCGGCAGAGGAAACGGAGGAUCCAGAGGAAGAACCAGAGUCUUCCUCCUCUGCAGGACCGGCUGAGAGGUUCUCGCCCACAGACCAGUACUCUGCAGAUCCGGAGACGUCUCUGACGGUUGGAGAGAAGCUGGAGACGCUCCUGACCAGCAAGAACUUCCGCUGUUUCAUGAACAAGCAGAAGUGCUUCAGGAAGACCUUCAAGAAGACAGUGUUUUUGGUGAGCGGCCUUCCAGAGUACGCCAGCGGCAGCUACACGGAGGAGGAGCUCGCCGCCGUGCUCCACCCGUACGGGUUCCAACACACGAGCGACAGCGUCUAUGUGAUUCCUCAGACGAGGAUGGCUAUCGCCCAAAUGCCAAGUGUGAAGGACUCGAAGAACCUCGUCGAUCAAACCUUUUCUGAAGGCAUCUCGUUUCAAGGAACCACGCUCAGCUUAAAACCUUUCAACAACACCUUUACAAUGUCACCGUUUGGCUUCUACAAGUCUCUGAUGACACUCAUGCACUUUGUGGUGACUGAUGGAGGAGAGAGAACCGUCUACAUCCACAACAUAUCGUCCAGUGACACCAUCAAGCUCAGGGAGGAUCUGAGGAACCUGCUCCGCAUCAAGAACUUCCUGCCUCUGAUGAACAGACUUUUCAUCGAGUUCGAGAGCGUUUUGGACGCCGAUCUGUACGGGAUUCGGCUGAGCGGCCAGAUGUUUGCCCAGAAGUACACGGUCUACAGGAUGAAGUCUCCCAGCAGUGCAGAGGAACCAUCCACAGCUCCAGAAUGGCGGACGCCUCCGUUUUGGAUGACCAUGAAAACGGCGCCGUUCCUGUACCCGACUGCGACGCACUCCUUCAUCAGUCCAGCUUGUGUGUCUGUUGAUCAGCCGGCUGACAUCGUGAAAGCGGCCGUCAUUGGCUCAGAGUUUGCCACGGUCAUGCUGAGCGGUUUACCGGAAAACGGCUACACCCAUGAGGACGUGGCCAAACUGGUGUGGCCGUUCUUCAGCACGCCCAACUUCCAGGUCCUGAACCAGAACCUGUACGUCCUGCCUCUGCAGAGGAGGGCGUUUGUGUUUUUCAGCAACUGGACGGCGUGCUCCGAGUUUCUCAAAGAACACGUCCGAACCCCCGUUUCUCUCAAAGGUCACACUCUGAGUGUGCAGGUCGUCUUGGAGAAGAUUCACCCGGGCUCCAACCAGAGCACCGUGUACAAGAGUCUGAUGAAAUGGAGCAGUCCUCUGAAGCCAGAUCCAGAGUUUCUGAAUAACCGGCUGCUGUCAGUGGAGGUGACUGACACUUCAGCAGCCCUGGUCAUGACGAUCAUGAAGGUGGUGGAUUCCAUAUCUCCUUUCGUUAACUUCCUGCCCCUGGCCAAUCGGAUCUACGUUGAGAUGCUUUCCGUCAUGGCCGUGAUCGACGUUCAGCUGAAGAUUUCCUCCAUGGAGCCCUCGCAGCUGCCCUCCGACUGGAAGAAAGUCAAGCGUAUUGAACCCAUGAGUACCCUACAGCAGCGGCUGAUCAAGUGUAGCCAAACCCCUCUUUACCUUAAACCCGACCCCCCACCAAAAACGAAGAAGAAGAAGAAAAAGAAAAGCCAAAGAAAAGCCCACAUGGAAGCUGGUCCCGUCACAGCAGGGGACUGCGACGACUACAUCGCCAACAACCGCGUCCCCCGCGCCUCAGCGACCGCCGCCAGGGUCUUGAUAGCAGCCGAGUUAACCGAAGAAGCACAAAGAGUUACCGGAUCCGGAGUGACGGCAAACACCGAAAUCUCGCCACAUCUUUCUGGGAUGGGGUCACAGCUAACCGAUUCUAGAGAAGAUUCUGCUCAGGAAGAGAAGAAAGGCGUUGGUGAGGAGGAGGAGGGAACAAUCCAAGGAGGUCAAAACCUUCCAGGCCCACUGAAGAAUGAAGAGGAGAAGGGAGAGCAAAAGGAUGAAGACUUGGAGGAAAAUCAUCAAAACAAUUCUUCUCAGGGAUUUUCCAACACAUGUCCUGAAGGCGAGGAUUUGGAGCCGGGCCUGACUAUCAGACAGGUUCCUGAGAAACCAGCAGCUGAAGACGACCAGCAGCAAAGUCCAAGAGGAGACGAAGGAAACGGGGAGGAAAUCUGCUUAGAGUCUUCAACCUCCAAAGAGGAAAGUCUUCAAGACUCAACUGGAGAUUUUAUGGAGCAAGAAAGAAGUGAACCUGCAGCUGCCGAUCCCAUCGGAGCAGAAGACAACCGUCUGACACUUGUAACCAUGACGAAUCCGGCCAGAGAUCCUGAGGAAGGUCAGUCACCUAUGGAGACUGAAGAUGAGGUUCAACAAGAAAGCAUGGAUCAUGGUGGAGAACAGGAUCAAGUGGAACCUGCAUCCCUCAUUUCCAGCUCUGCAAGCUCCAUAGGAAGGAGAAAAACCACAGACCUCGAGACGCCGACGGGAGGGAACUUCCUCGCUGACGACACCGAGAAACUUCCAAACAUAGAAGCUACAGCUGCUCCUGAAGACGCUCGGACAGAAACACCAGAGGAACGCGUUUUUGGAGACGAUCAGCCAACAGGAGCAGAGAAACCAAACAGAAGCCUUCCAGCUGCUACCGGGGGCUCAAUGCAGAAGGAAGAGGACUCCACAGAAGCAAACGACGAAGAAGACGAGGCUCCAGACGAAGCUGAAACUUGUGGCUCCACAGCCGAGAAGACGCUGCUCCUGGAGGAGCGUUCAGAAGAACAGGCCGCAGAGGAAGCUGCCGUUGAAGUGAACCAGGAAGAAGAAUCCAGGCAGGAGGAAGAGAAGGCUGACUUCACACGUCCAGAGGUGACGUCAGCUGCAGAUGAGGAUCAGAAGACCGUGGUUGUAUCAACACACGGUGACAACACAGAAGAAGCUGUAAAGAUGAAGGAAGAGACUGAAGAAGAUCAGAACCUCAAAGUGACGCCCCGCCCAAGAGGUCGACCCAGAAAGACCCGAAAAGCACCCGUCGAGGCUGCAGUGAGACGGUCUGGCAGAGGGAAACGGAGCGCAGAAGAUUCCAAAAUUCCUUCGGUUCCCGCUGUGGAGGCAGAGGAAGAAGAAGCCGUGAAGGAGUCUGACAGAACCGACGGUCCGACACCAGGAGGAGAUGAGCAAGAACAACACAGCAGGACUGAAGCUGAAGGGGGGAUGGAGCCGGAUGAACCAGAAGCAAAGCGACUUCGCCCUGAACCUUUGGGCCCGGAUUCCAGGUCCCAGCUGCUGCCCUUUGACCCCGAGCGGUCUGUUGGUCAGGAGUUCAUGGAGCUCAAGUGGGUUCAUUUCUGCCGCCUCUGCUCCGUUUACUGCGGCAGCGCAGACGCCGACGGAGAGCGCCACUGCCGCAGCCAGCAGCACUACUGCAACCUGCAGGAACACUACCGGCAGCUUCAGCAGGAACCUGCAUCAACGGCCACGCACCAAGAACCCACCAGUGGAAAGGAGUGAAAGAAAAGAAAAUGUUUUUCUGUCCACACGACAGCAAACAGGAGGUCUGUAAAUAGAUUAUAGGUACAAAUGUUUGUUUGGGUUGAUUUCUGUGGGUAAAUAAAUAGAAUUCUACGCUUGG